UCAGGCAGUACAGUACAUAAUGAGAAAGAAUUUAUCUGAAUCCAAAAUGUUUGGUUUUAAUAAGCUGUAGAAGCAAGAAGAAAAUAUUACUUCCAAGUGUUUGCUUCCUUUUUGUGGAGCCACUCACUCUAUGUUCCCCAUGAGCAGUUAACUCUUAUUUUUUUAAUGRCAGAAUGAACUAAAUCUUAUUAAUAUUAGUAUGAAUAAAAAUUGGACAGUUAAGUUGUUUAUCUAGUUUUGAAACUCAUAAGAAAAAGUAGAAAGACUAUGAAAAUAAGCCAAAUUCACUYACAGUAGAAGAAAAUUAAACUUUCACUCAGCUAACAGGCAUAAUUUUCAAUUCUUGGUAAGYUGAUUUUUAGACCAAGAACAGACAGCGAAGAAUAGAGAGUUAAGUUACAUAUAUUUUCUUUGAUCCAUUAACUAUGUGGCUUGCUACACACAGACCUGCAGGAAUUCAGACUUCCUGCUACAGUUAUCUUCAGAAUGAAGAGAAAUUCACCUGAAUUUUCCCAUUCACGACCACAGAGGCAGCAAGAAUCUAAGAUAGAAGGGAUCAAAACGAUAGGAAUUAUCUCAACCCCAAUUAUUUGGCCAGUGAAGCAAAGGCCUCUGCAUUUCAGUGAAAAUUCAGCAGAUGAGAACCCAGAGAGAAAAAACCCAUACAGCUUGUUCCUUCCAACCUUGUCCACAUCAGCUCCUUCUGAGGAGACCAGCAACGAAMCCUUGUCUGCUUUUACAGAAAAUAUCAACCUAGGUCAUACUGUGAUGAAUCAGUUGCCAAAUGAAAAUGUUUUGAAUUAUUCUAGAAGUCCAUUCCAUGGCACUUCUGAUGCAGCAGAUGCAGUUACAGAGCUGCCUGUGAACGCAGCAGUUCCUGUUCUUCACAGCAGGAAUCCUAAUACAGAGCUAGCAUGGACUUUGGCAAGUGGGCUCGGCCAUUCUGACUCGGAGCCAGCAUUCCACUCUCCCGUUAGCAGCAGCAGCGCUUCUUACGAACAUGAAAUAGAAACUCCGCGGAUUUCAUCCUCCAGCAGCGACACAAACAAUUUCAUGCAUAMAAGCAAUGUCUUGGAGCCUGUGAACCGGUGGAACGAAACUCUGUUUCAUCAUCUCAUCAUCUCUGACAUUCAAGAAGAGGUUCAUCUUUCACUUUCUGGCUUYUCUCUAUCAUCUACAGAUGAGAAAUCACCGUUCCAGACACAUAGAUUAGAUUUGCUAGACUUGUCACCUGCAAAUUUUUACCUGGAAAUGACAGAAGGCAAUGCUGAUAGGAAAACAUUUUCUACACUAGCAGCAAACAGUGCAUUUCAGUUUAGGGGAUCCGUGCACAUUAAGGAACAUCACUCAGGAGAUGUUACAAAUUUAAACUCUGUGGAGAUUCCACAUGCAAACCCAACAAUUUUUUUUCAAAAUAUGAAAAAAACAUACACGAAAUUUGUGCCUGACAUCCAGCUGACAAAUUUAGUCCAAGGACACAGUAGAGAACUGUUAACAUUUUCAGCAUUUCUGGUAGGACCAGGCUGGACAAGCUCAACAUUUAAACAUGUUGUAACAACUCUGCCUGUUUAUCAACAGCUGUUGACUGAUACAUAUUUGAAAAGUGACAGCAUAUUUAUAUCUAGUAGUAAUUACUGGUCUCAUUAUUUACAGCAUUCAUUAUACUUUCAAAAGCCAAGUGAGACCCUCAGAAAUGGAGCACUUGAGAACAAUUUAGAUGCAUUUCAUGAUAAUAAUGAAAAUGAAGAGUCAGCUUUUUCCAUAUUAGAGCCAGAGAACAUGAAUCCAGUUGGUGACUCCUGGGACUCAGAUCACUUGGCUUUUCCAACAAAAUAUGUAGAUAUUUUCCCUUCUUUAAGAGCAAGUUUCUGGACUGUUUCCCAUCAUUKGAAAGAAACAUCUCAAGUGUUUUCUGGGGAGCCAUCAGAAAWUUUUUGGCUCUCAUUUAAUAAACUUCUUUCUUCCCCAACAGAGAGAUUGCUGUCCAUUAGUUCCAAUGCURAGUCUGACAGCAUCUCUGAACAAACAUCUGCCACUACACUAUUAGGUCACAGAGCUGGAGAAAUUAUUCUUUCUAAUCAUGUAUCAAUGCUUGAAACACAAAUCUUUAGUUUGUUUAUUCCAGAGAGAAUUUCAGAAAGUAAUGGCAGGACAAUAUCACAAUUGCAGUCAACAAUGAACAUUGCAAACCUAAAUGUGACUUCCAACAGUGAAUUAUAUUUUGAUUUUCCUUUCCCUUCCCUGGAAGCACCUCUCACUCAGUCCUCUGUAUGGGCACAGGUGACUUCUUUUGAUCAGGUACUUGAAGACUCCAUAGAUAGUUUGCACGUGCAGAUUCAGACUGAUGUUUUAAGUGAUCAAACUGACAUGGCCUUCCUAAACAAUAGGCAUCAGCCUGUUUCUGUCUUUCCAACACAUUCAGGAGCCCAGCCUUCUUUUUCAAGGGAUAGCCGAGCUCCUUUCUUGAUCAGUACCCCUGGGACUCAGGUUACUUGGAUAGUUAAGGGUUUGAUAAGCAGUGCAAGAACACACGGAACACCACAGUCACAAAAUCUUCUGGAGAAUGAUGCUGUAACAAAUACCAGUGAUAAAGCAAGAAGCAAAGCUCAAAAAUAUGCAGGGUUUUUUUUAAAAAACAUCAGUUCAGUGAGUUCUGACUUCCUUCCAAUGUCUUUGGAAUUGAGACAGCUUCUUCAAUCAAACUCGAAAUUGAGAGUCAGUGUGUCUCCUAACAGCUGUUCCACACCUCCACUCCCACAAAGUUUUCAGAACCAUCUUGAUACAAUUUCUCCAAGCUUGCURCCUCAGUGGGAUGUAGGAGAGCUAAAUUUGCCAACAACAGAAACACUGAGAAGUUAUCUAACUGUUUUAGGCAAAAACUCUAUUGAAAAUCAAAUGGCCAGUCCGGGAUACUCUCUCUGGGCAGUAGAACAAGAAAUCAUUGACAGUAAUGAAGACAGAAGGGACUUCACUGUUCUGACAUCAACAAUCAUACCAAGGCUUUCUGAGUGGAAUUCAGGAGGGGAGGUGUAUGSAUCCUUCAGCAGGAUCAGAGUAGGAAUGCCUGUCAUUACUACUAAUGCCUUGGAUYUGGAAAAUGCUGGUUAUGGACAUGUUGCAAAUCUCUCUUCUGUUCUGGAAUCAUGGAGAACUGCAGUAAUGGAUGAUGUGGUGCCUUUGCCUCAGCACAAAGAGACCAUCUUGACAGGCGCUCUGGCAGCAGCUGCAGCAGCCAUCUAUCCCUCUCUCGUGCAGAGCCAAACACCAGUUUCUUCUGGGACAUACCACGAGUCAUCAGUUUCAGCCCAUGUUUAUUCCUUGGCCAAUUUACCAUCUGGGACAAGCCACAACAGCACCUCUCACCCACCACUGAAUCAACUUUUUAGCUCUGCUGCCAUCCUUAUGUCUUGUUUAUGUGACUCCUCCAGUGAGCUGGGCUGCCUCUGUCGUCCUGAGGGCCACUACAGUAUGUCAAGCCAUUAAGUUAGAUGUAGAAAAAAAACCCCAGAUCAUCUUAUCUGUUAGAUAUUCAGUUUGUAGACUGAAAAUAGAAGUAGCUGUCUUUCAUCCUUUAGAUAUAGGACCCUUUAGCAAAUGAAGAUGUUUUGGAAUAAYAAURUAAUUACAGUAGAAGGGAAUGUGUAACAUCUUAGUGAUAGUAAAUGUCAUGAAUGUGUGAUUUCUAAUAUUUGUGUACUUCUCUAAGACAGCUCUCAUGAGACUGUGAGGAUAAUACAUUGGUUGCCAUGUAUUUUAUAUAAUUUAAUGCCAUUUUGUUGUUUGGGAGUGUAUGAAUGUUUUUCUCUUACAUAUUUUUGAGGAUUUCACUUUCAAAAGGAAAAGAUUUUUCAAAACAAAAUGUUUG